CUUUGUUGAGAACCCCUUUAAAAUCUCGGCUAAAGGAUGGAACUCCUGCUCCCACUUCUUCUUUUUUGACUUCCAGCUCAAAUCUAAAGCAAAACAAAAAAACAAAAGUGAGCAAAACAUUUGUCUCCAGCAGAAGCACUGCUCUUACAGAGUGCCUUGCCCUGCUACUUCUUUUCUUUUUUUCAUCCAACCGGAAAAACAGUACUCUCACUUCCCCUUUAUCCAUGGCACCAAAUGGUGUCAUAAAACUGUGCGAUCCUAUUUGCACUUGAAAAAAGUUGCAACCUUUUUUGUGAGUUUUCUCUGACUCCACAAAAUGGGUGGAGGUGACGCCUUUGUGUCUCAACCAGAACAGCCACCAUAUUUUCUCUCACAGCCAAACUCGCCUUUUCCUCCCACUGCUCGAUCUGAUAGUUUCAGUUUGAACGAUAGGGCAUUGAAGGUCAGUCCGAGCAUACUUCUGAUCAUUAUAAUUCUGGCUAUUGUUUUCUUCAUUUCUGGUCUGCUACACCUGCUGGUUAGAUUUCUGUGGAGACCCCAAACUCGAGAGCCCGAUGAUUUAGACAAUGCCACUGCUCUUCAAGGCCAAUUACAGCAACUCUUCCACCUGCAUGAUGCUGGGGUCGACCAGUCAUUCAUUGACACCCUCCCUGUCUUCCUCUACAAGGCCAUCAUAGGACUCAAGAACCCCUUUGACUGUGCCGUUUGUUUGUGUGAGUUUGAGCCUGAGGACAAGCUCAGGUUGCUUCCAAAAUGUAGCCACGCUUUUCACAUGGAGUGUAUUGACACCUGGCUCUUGUCUCACUCUACUUGUCCUCUAUGUAGAGCCAGCUUACUCCCUGAAUUCUCUGUGGGCAACUCGUGUUCUCCCUAUGUUCUUGUCCUUGAAUCUGGGAGUGAGAGUUCCAGGGAGAUUGUUCCUGAAAGAGAGGCUGCCGUCGGAAGGUCUAGUUCGGUUAUGACUUCAAAUUCUCGUCUUGGAUGCCAUGGAGAUAGUGAAUUUGGAUCAACCCGUGUGGAUUUGAAAUCAGGUGAGUUAUUGAGUGAAGCUCCUGAUCCAACACUACCAAAUGGUGUGGAAAAAGUGGUUACUGUUAAGCUGGGAAAGUUUAAAAGUGUGGAUGGUGGAGGUGAUGGUGGGGAAGGGAGUAGUACUACCAACAAUGUGGAUUCUAGAAGGUGUUUUUCCAUGGGGUCAUUUGCUUAUGUUAUGGACGAAAGUUCCUCACUCCAAGUGCCCAUACGAACCCCAAUCAAGAAGCAAUCGAGUAAGAAGAAGUCUGGUUUGCCUUUGACUCCAGGACACAGGCCUGCAAUGUCAGAAUGUGACUGUGAAUCCAGAAGGGAUUUCAAGUUUGCAGUCUUUGAUGCAACUAUAGUUGAGGACGAUGCUGCUAGUAGUGGGGCUGCAACUGAUAGGACAACUUGUAAUGAGAAUAGUGCUGCAAUUGGAAGAAAUAGAAAGGAAAGUUUUUCAAUAUCAAAGAUUUGGCUCAGGGGGAAGAAGGAUAAGCCAAAUGCUGUGGCAGAUUCGUCUAGAAGGGCUGUUUCAUUUCGCUUCCCGGCGAAGUCCAGUGCUGUUGCUGCUUCGGUCAGUGCCGAUGAUGAUUUGAAAGGAAAGAAUUCUAAGUUUGAUACAAGGAGUACCAUUUCUGAGAUGGAUAUUGGGAAGUGGGAAAAUGGAGGAGGAAGCGAGUUUGAUUUCGAUGAGGAAAACCAGAGUUGUUAUAGUAUGGAUUCUUCUCAAGCUAGGGCGCCAUCUUUUGCUAGAAGGACUUUGCUUUGGCUCACAGGAGGAAGACAGAACAAGGUUGUUCACUCCGCUUCCAACCUCUAAUUUCUCUCAUCGUUUAUCUCCUUAUUUUAGAACCAUUUUUUUGCUUCGAUCUUAUAGUUCUGGAAUCUAAAUUUGUUUAAAAUAGAAUGUUAGUGGUAGAAAGGUGCAAGAAAAAUGGAAAAAGUAAAAUGAGUUGGGAGAUCCGAAUACAGUAUUUCUGGUUUGAGUUU